AUGCGCUGGCGCGCCCAGCCCCCCGGAGGCCCUGGAGGCCCUGGCAGGGCGGAGGACAGCGCCGGGGAGGGCCGCGCCGUGGCCUCGCCGGCCCGCGUGGCCCGGGACACCGGCGGGGGGUCGCUGGCCUCAGACGCCCUCGCGGCCGCCUGGCAGUGGGUGAGGCUAGCGGACGCGCCGGCGCCGGGCGACGCAGAGGGCGCCGAGGGCGGCCCGCUGGGGGGCGCGAGGCCGCGGGCGUGGCAGGGCCUGUGCGCGGCCCUGGGCGCCGCCGACGGCGGCGAGGCCGUGGCCGUGGCGCAGCUGGCGGGCGGGCCGCGGGCCUACGCGUCGCCCGGGCGCCUGCGCGCCCUGCGGCAGCUCGGGUUCGCGGAGGCGGAGGCAGGAGCGCCGCCGGACGCCAUGCCGUCGCAGGACGACGCGGCGCGCCGUGUGCUCCGGGCGGUGCUGUGGCUCCAGCUGGACAAGGCCGCGGCGGACUGCAGCGAGCUGGCAGAGCCCGGCUGCGGCACGCCCGCCAGGGACCUCGCGGUGGCGCUGCAGGCCGCGAGCGGCUUCCUCGCGGAGGGCAGGCUGCCCGACAGCCUCGACGACGACGUCCCUCGCCGCAGGAGCGUGAGCGACCGCAGCGAGGGCUCGGUUCACCCCCGCGAAGCGCCGGCGCACCUUCUGGAGGCGCGCCAGCCGCCCCAGCACAGCUUCCGCGCCGCGCUGCUACGGCUCACGGAGCACGAGCGGUGGCAGGAGCUCCCGGCGGCCGCCUCGCUGCGGCUCGCCGUGCGGCUGCUAUGCGCCGCCAUCUCGGCCCCCGAGGAGCCCGCGGCAGAGGCGUUCGAGGACACGGUGCGCCGCCUGCUGGCCGAGCCAGCCGCGCCCCCGCACAGGGUGCGGGGCGGCGCCCGCGCGUGGCGCCCCAGCGUGGCCUUCCGCUGCGCCGUGGCACUGCGCUUCCUGCCCCGAGCGGCCCUGGGGCACGCGCUGCAGCAGCUCGCCGCCGAGUGCUUCGCCGGCGGGCUGCUGGACGGCCUGUGCUUCCUGGGCCUCGGCGGCUCUGGCGACGGCCAGGCCUGGUCCCUGUCCAGCAUCGAAGACAUCAUGGGGAGCCACGAGGCGCCGCUGCCCGCGCCCCCGCCGCCGUUCCCGGCCGGCCUGGCGGCCUCGGUGCCGGACUUGCCGUUCGGCCGCGAGGGCGUCGGCGAGGAGGCGGGCGACCCCGGCGCCGCCCUGGUCGGCGCCUACGUGCGGCACACGGGCGACGUGCAGAGCGCGGCGGUGCUGUUCUGCCACGCGGCGCACCUGAGCCGCCCGCCCAGGCUCGCGCGGUUCCUGGUCCAGUACGCGUCGCUGCUGUCGCGGUGGCGCCUGCACCAGUUGCGGGCGGACCUCCACGACCUGCUCGCCGCUCGCCUGCCGCCGGACGCGGAGCUCGGGGGCCGCGGCUCCGCGGCGCUCUGCGGGCGCUGCGGGGCCGUGCUCGCGCAGUGGCCGGCACGCGGCGGGGAGCCCGACGCAGUGGAGCGAGCGCUGGGGCGGCGGUGCCCCAACGCGUCCUGCGCCAGGCCCGCGCCCGCGUGCGCCGUGUGCCUGCAGCCGCUCUUCGCGCCGGCGCCGCGCGCCGAGGGCCCGGACCUGGCGUCGAAGCCGUCCGUGAGGCUGACCGUGGACAGCUGGGUGGUGUGGUGCCAGACGUGCCAUCACGGGGGCCACCUGGCCCACCUAGAGAGGUGGUUCGAGACCCACACGGAGUGCCCUGUCGCGGGUUGCGAUUGCCGUUGUAGCCUCGACUGACGGGAGAA